UGACGGGACGACACUGUCCUCGUCUUGAGUGCUCGUCGAAUUGGUUUAACGAGUCGAUUUUGAGUCUGAUAACUGUGACAGAUAGUGGAUAGCGAAUCGGAGAUUGUCGUAAGACGUGUCUGUUGAAAGACAUUCAGUCGUGGAAUAUGGUCGCUGAAGAUCUCUAACGGAACUGGAAAAGGUCUGUUUACAUUCGCCGAGCCGUCAGCGACCAGUCUGUGGUGUUUUGCAUUAAGCGACGACCAUUAGCUGCAAACGACUUUUCAUGAUUGUGACGUACGAAUAUACUGAGUUUUUCCUGGUGUCUCCAACCAACUCAUCCAGACACCGAACUGACAAUAAUUGUAGCAAGAAGGACAUUCAUGAUCGAAACAGUUGAUCUUAGAAUCGAACCUGACUUAUUGUAUCCUAAAAAGCCAAUUGCAAGGAGUAAAUUGAAUGUUAACGGUGAUAUAAACAUUUCUAGCCCGACCUCUGGGACGAUACUUGGCCAUCAAUGAAAGUGUCUUAUUCCUUGAAAAUAAAAACGGUGUAACUUAUUUUUUCCAAAAUGAAUAAGUAAAUUGAAAAAUAAACAAUUCCCUCGAAAAUAGAUAAAAAGUGUAUCUUGACUGAGUGCUAAAAUGGUGAUAUGUAUCACUUGAAAUCUAAUUAACAUUAUUAACGGUGAGGCAGAAGAUAAUGAUAAGUUAUAUUAACUGAAAUACUGAAAAGAGACAAAAAAAAAGGAAUAAAUAAAUAAGUAAAGAUAAGAUCAUGAUAUGAUUCCUAUCGCCUAGUGGAAUGUCGUGAGCCAUCCUCCAGUAGAGCCAUCCUCUAGUAGAGCCAUCAGGUAGAGCCACCCUCCAGUAGAGCCAUCCUUCAGUAGAGCCAUCCUCUAGUAGAGCCAUCCUAUAGUAGAGCCAUCCUUCAGUAGAGCCAUUCUCCAGUAGAGCCCUUCUCCAAUAGAGCCAUCCUUCAGUAGAGCCAUCCUAUAGUAGAGCCAUCCUUCAGUGGAGCCAUCCUUCAGUAGAGCCAUUCUCCAGUAGAGCCAUCCUUCAGUAGAGCUAUCCUCUAUUAGAGCCAUCCUUCAGUAGAGCCAUCAGGUAGAGCCAUCCUUCAAUAGAGCCACCCUCCAGUAGAGCCAUCCUUCAGUAGAGCCACCCUUCAGUAGAGCCAUCCUUCAGUAGACCCAUCCUGUAGUAGAGCCAACAGGUAGAGCCAUCCUUCAGUAGAGCCAUCCUGUAGUAGAGCCAACAGGUAGAGCCAUCCUUCAGUAGAGCCAUCAGGUAGAGCCACCCUCCAAUAGGGCCAUCCUUCAGUAGAGACAUCAGGUAGAGCCACCCUCCAGUAGAGCCACCCUCCAGUAGAGCCAUCCUUCAGUAGAGCCAUCCUCCAGUAGAUCCAUCCUCCAGUAGAAUUGUCCUUCAAUAGAGCCAUCCUCCGGUAGAGCUAUCCUGCAGUAGAGCCAUCCUUCAGUAGAGCCAUCAGGUAGAGCCACCCUCCAGUAGAGCCAUCCUUCAGUAGAGCCAUCCUGUAGUAGAGCCACCCUCCAUUAGAGCCAUCCUUCAGUAGAGCCAUCCUUCAGUAGAGCCAUCCUCCAGAAGAAUUGUCCUUCAGUAGAGCCAUCCUCCGGUAGAGCUAUCCUGCAGUAGAGCCAUUCCAGCGAGUCGGACCCGAGAGGAGGAAUACGAUAGACGGGCGAUCGUGGAUCCUCCUGAGGUAGAGAGAGAGAGCGUCACUGGAGCCCCAGAGCGUCACUGGAGUCCCCUAACAAGGAGCAAGGAAUGGCGGAUAAAUUCCCUUUUAACAAGCAGCGUGGAGUGAGAUAGAAGAGGAAGAAGAAGUCGAAGAGAGACAGAGAUAGAGAGUAAAAAAAAAAAAAUGAUUUGUGGGAAGGAUGACUCCAUGGAACAUAGCACCGCAUCUGACCACCUUGGGCAAUUUAUGGCUGUGUAUCACAUAUCGUCUAAAAUGAUCAGUUUACACGGCAACGAGAUGGUCACCUGCAACUCAACGGAGGCCAACCCUGACCUGAAGCAGCUGAGAUGGGUCGUGUACCAGGUCGUGUUUCCGGUGCUGGUGGUCGUAGGGGUCAUGGCUAAUAUCCUGAACCUUCUGGUCCUCUCCAGCCCGGCCAUGAAGGGCGUCUCCUACAGAUACCUCAACCACCUAGCAGUGAGCGACUUGCUCUACCUGCUCUUCAACAUCCCCUUCUGCCUGGAGGAGUUUUCGAAGGCGUCCCAGGCGCAGCCGAUGUCGAGGGCCAGCGCCAUCUACUACUCGUACAUAGGUAUCCCCGUCGUGAACAUCUUCCUGAGCAUGAGCGAGUACAUCGUCCUGUGGCUCUCCUACGACAGGUGCCUGGCCGUCUGCAGCCCGCAGAAGUUCUCAGCGAGGCAGCGGUUCCAGGUCGUCAGGAUCCGGUGCGCCAUCAGCCUCGUCAUCACCCUCUUCGUGUACAGCCUGAGCCCCCUGCGCCAGACGUACUCUUGCGACAGCGGCUCCUCCUCCAACUGCUGCCUGAAGAACAACCAAUUCGCGGAGGACACUUGGUACAAGGGCUACGAGUUCUUCAGGGAGUUCUACUCGCGGUUCCUGCCGGCGUUCGUCAUCACCGUAUUCAAUGUGGCCAUCAUCGUCACCCUCAGGAGAGUCAAGCGCGAACGGGACAGUCCGGACGUCAUCAACGAAGCCAGGAAGGAGCGGGAGAGGCGCCUCGUCUGCCUCCUGAUGGCGAUCACCGUCUUCUUCUACGUCACCUCCUUCCCCAGUGCCAUCUACAAGAUCAUCAUGUUCAACGACAGCUGGGACUUCGUGCCCUACUUCAGGGCGGUGGCCGAUGUUCUCGAGGUGUCUGGGCACGUGUUCAAUUUCUUCCUGUACUUCCUCUUCAGUCCAGACUACAGGAGAGUGCUGGUGGGCUUGACGGGGCAACAGCAGGCUAAUGUUUACAUGUCUUCCUCAGUGUGUAACAUGUAGGACAAUGCAUUAGUUAAUACUUGUAAUGUUCUGUUCCUAGUAUGUGGGACCUAAGUAAUUUAAUUAACACAUUUAUUAACUGUAAUCUGGUGAAUAUAAUCGCAUGAACGAUUGCAUUUUAAGUAAUCGAAUUACAAGUUUCCAGUUCCCAGUUCAAUCAGAUCACCAACCUAAUCCUCCAGAGGUCAUUGGAACAUUUAACUUGUGUACUCUUGCCUGACCAGUUUAGAAAGAUCAGCAACCAAUUCCUAUUAGAACAGGUAUAACUUGGGUACUCUGGCCUGACCAGGCUAGAAGAAUCACUAACCUUCUGCUUCAGAGGCCAGUGAAGCAAGUAACUUGAGCCCUCUGGUCUGACCAGGCUAGAAGAAUCCCCAACCUAACCCUACAGAGGUCACUGGAACAAAGCACGGAUCCCAAUGUCAUAAUCUCGUCGCGUUUUUCACGAAAGCGAGUUUUUUUUUUUUUUUACAUCAAAAGAGUGGCUGCAAUUUGUAUCAAAACCGAGUUAGCCAGACUUUACCGCCUGUUGCCCCCUGCUCACUAGUCCAGUGCUACCAGUGCUUGACAAAUCUUUCAAGAUCUUGAAAAAUGAACUCCAAACUUGAAAGCUUGAAAUGAAAAUGUGAAAAUCUCCGAAUUCUUGAAAAUUAUGUACAGAGAGUGCUGAAACAGACAAUCUAGGGAAAAAUGAAAGCAGGUUUCAGUCAGAAUGCUUAGUGUUCUUUUCACAAAUUUCUUGUCAGAUUUGCGAGAGGUUACGUCUAGAAGAAGACAGUGUCAUUGCUAUGUUGCACAACAUGGAGCCAAAGGAAGCAACAGGUACUGAAAGACAGCUGAAGUCCAUCAUUAAACUUGGCCUGAACUUCUCUUCUUCAGUGUCUGAGCAUCAGCUCGAUGACUUACAGGAAGGGUGGAGGGCCCUUAUUUGGUAAAAGGAGACCUGAAUAUUGGCAUAAUUUGAGGAAUAUAUUAGAUGGCAAUGGUCAGUCCAAGUUUAGUUUAUUGUCUGACCUCAUGUGUGGCCUCGUUGUAUUGCCAGACUUUUCAGCCAGUGUUGAAAGAACAUUUUCCUAGCUAAAUCUGGUGAAGACGAAACAAACGCCGCUCUUUUGAUGGCAUGUUUUGUCGCGCUUUUUGAACGUGGUUUCAAUUCUGAAUCCGCUGGUCUAACCAGGAUAGAAGAGUCACCAACCUUUUCCUUCAGAGGUCACUGGAACAGGUAAUUUGGGUACUCUGGUCUGACCAGGCCUCAAAGAAGCAAACUGCUUCUUGAACACAAAUACAUUCUUACUAAAGUUCUAUAGGUAUGUCGUAUACUAUAUAUUUUUGGCAACAGAUGUAAGUUUCAGGAGUUUUAUUAGACGGUAGAUGUGUGUUAGGUGAAAUGUUUUAUUGUAAGAUAUACAUAUUUAUAAACUUUUGUCUUGCAGGUUGUAUGUGACCAGAUAAUUAUCUGUGCAGUGUUCUUCUUCUACUUAUUCUUCUUCUGAGUCUUAAUAUACUUCACUUCCAGGGUUUUAAACAUUUAUACUGAGCAAGUCAAAUAGGCAAUUGAUUAGCUGAGAACAUCUUUCUUCUUCUACUUCUUCUUCUUCUUCUUCUUCUUCUUAUGUGAGGUGAUGUUAGGUUGUUUAAAUGGAAGAAAUCGUUUGCACGUGGUGGGUUGUUGCCUCUUUACUUGUUCGUAUUUUUCUGUGGUCAAAUUAACGUCUGUCGUCUCGCCUUUGAGAACGACAGUCGGCUUUGGUAUAGCAGAGAGUCAGGUUCCAGACAGCAAAGUAGCAUGGCGACUCGAUUUUGAACAGCAAGUUUUGCAUACCUGUAGUCAUCGGCAGUUGGAGGAUGCAGUCAUUGGUGGAGCAGUUUGUUUCCAGUGAGACAACCAACCUGUUGCCUGUUAACAGUCAUGGGCUGUUUCGAUGACUACGGUGAUUGUCUGCGUCUAUCCUCUGACAGCAGGGUCUGUCUCGACAUCUCUAUGGAGAUUGCCUGUUUUUUUUGUGUUUGUGAUUGUGGCGCUGCCUUUAGAAUGUUUAUUACCGCUGGGUUAUAAAUAUGAUUAUUAUUAUAUGCUCUGUUUAGUUAUUAUAUAAUAUUGUUGCUGCAUGUUUUGAUAUUUAUACUGUUGAGUAAUUUAUUGCUGUGAUGUGUGCUGCUUGUAAUAUGUUAAUUUGUUUGGGUUAUGCAGCUCAAGUGUAUCAUGGGUUUUAACUUUUUGAUGUAGCUGUUUGUUGAUUUAAAUCAUGUUUGUUAUUUGUGUUAUUUUCCUGUUUCAUUGUAAAAUAACUUUGUUGUGCUACAUCUGUUUUGAUUUGAUUUGUAAUUUUGUAACUUACUCCUGCUAUGUGAUUUGAUUUAUUUAUUUUCACUAAGUCCCGACAGGCUUGUACAUUUUGUAAGUUACUCACUUGUAAAUUUGUAAAUAAUAAAUUAAUAGUAAGGUACCUUUUUCUGGAUUUGUUCUGCUCCUUCCUCCUUAGUUUGUUCCAGCUGCCGUCAGUCAUUCCAGCCCCAUUUCCUUUUUACU